AUGUCGAGAAACUUGGUGGCCUUCCCACCUAUGUCAUCGUUUCUCCGUACUCUAAGCAUGCUGCUGAAAGUGGCUGACAAAGUCGCAGCUGCUGGAUUCUUUGUGGCCGUUCCUGACUUCUUGAAGGGGGAUCCUUUUAUUCGUGCAGAUACUAAAAGGCCUAUGAGCGUUUGGAUUAAAGAUCAUAGCACGGACGAGGGAUUUGAAUUUUCCAAAGUAGUGAUUCAAGAUUUGAAAAAUAGAGGCUAUUCUGCAAUAGGUGCUGCAGGCUUUUGUUGGGGUGCCAAGGCUGCAAUUCAACUCGCAAAGUGCAACUCUAUUAAGGCUGCUGCCCUCUUACAUCAAUCUUACGUCACUGUGGAUGAAAUCAAAGCACAUAUAAUCAUUAAGCUGUGCAAAAUAGAUAGUGGUAUGAGGUUCAGAUCACUUCCAGGACUUGUCAACCAGACCCAAAGGGAUAUCAUAGAAUGUGAGAAUUUUGUCUUCUGGACAAGUGCACAAAGAAUGAUGAAUUGA